CUUAACUAUUGCACUUCCACCUGUAAACCACUAUAAUAUUUAAGUGUUUGAACGCAUCUAAGUUAUUUUCUUCUUAAUUGAUGAUUUGAUCGAUUAGUCUCUUUAAAAACAAACUAAGUAUGUUCCGCAGUACAAAGUGAAUCUGACAAACAGUCAGUCAGCAUGAGUCAGAGAAGCAGCUGGAACCUUUUUCUUUCUUCAGAAGGAAUCAAUCAUCCUCGUUGCUGUUUCCUUUUUUUUUUAUUCGCUCAACCAGUCAGCGAAACUAAUGCCUCCCGCACAGUGUUGCAUUUCAAUACAAGAGCAUAGUAGUAACACUCACGCACAUCUCUUUCAAUGCAUUUGUGUAUUUUAAGACACACAUAUGCUAGGGAUAUCUUAUAUGAACAACCGACACCGCAUCACUUUUUUAUUUAUUUUUUAUUAUUUAAUUAAAACAUUUUACUACGGAAUUCACUUCGUUUGCCAACUUUGAUCUCCCGAGUCACGACAUUUCCUGACAACACCUGAAGGCGACAACAGGGAAACGACAAGAGACGAGAGAGAGAGAGAGAGAGACGUAGACAAACAGCGAGAGAGAGAGAGAGGAACCUGUACUGCUCCAAAGGAGAUAGGAAUUCGCCAGACAUCAUAAUAAUUACACGCGAUCCUCGCGGAGUUGAACCUCGGGUCGCCGUUGUCAGUCGCUCCUCUUCUCUCCGCCGGAUCUGGACUCUUUAAAUUUGCCUUUAUUUUUUUUUUUUGGAGAGCGGCACCAGUCCAGCACCCCCCACACACCCCCCACGCCCCCCUUCUUCUUCUUUUUUUGUGUGUGCGCGUGAGUGUUUGAGCUCAGCGGUGCUUUAACUGGCGUUAUGUUAAACAUUUCUCCCGGAGCCUGCAGCCCCUCACUCCGUGGGCGCAUAGGAGGGAGUGCAGCACAGCGCAACAGUAAAUGGUCGCAUACUUCCUCAAAUGGACUGUGAGAUAAUAAAUCGUCCUUCAGAGUGCCACCUGUUUGUUUUUUUUCCAACCCUUGAAUAGCACCAGGAGAGCGUUUGAAGGUGAAGGAUAUGGAGCUACAUGACCUGGACGCUGCUAAUGUGCUCACCAACUGAAGACGAUGACGAGAAGAUAAGAAGAAGAAGAACAUGCGCGUGGUGGGACAAUAACCCUGAUGGAAAGACCCCUCGGAAGCACAAUGACGACCUGGAAUUGAGGGGAAAAAAAAACUCCCUUUAUUUAGACAAAGAUAAUAUAAAAUCUCAUGCAUGAUUCAUGUGCCUGGGACUCAUUUAGGAUGAAAAACAUUUGACUUCCUGUGACUAAAUAAAUGAUACGUCUGCAUACGUUGCCUUCUAUGGCGCCAGUGGCACACAGCUAGCUUGAGCCCGACUGCUAGCAGAAGAUGGAUAGAUGGUGGUGCAUCCAGUAACUGGAGAGUGCUAAAUGAGCUGCUGUGUAAGCAGCUUGAUUUCUGGAUGAUUGAAGGCAGACGGCAUUUUAACUGACCAACAAAGGCACGCCAGACAUCCCUAGAUGUGCAACUGCAGAUAGCAAUAGGUUUGGGGGUUUUAUUGAGCUUGGGACAAGCCAGGUAGAAGGGGGUACUUCGGUUCAGACGAUGAAUCGCAGAGAGAGCGUGGAGGUGAUGGAGACCCAGGCGGGAGGGAAGGAGAAGCUUGUCGGAGACCAGGUCCACAACGAGGUCGAUGGCGACGAGGACAAAAUCCCCGGGGCGUACGACUGCAACGUCUGCGGACGCAGCUUCCCGUUCCUCAGCUCCUUGUCGCAGCAUAUGAGACGCCACACUGGCGCGCGCCCUUACAAAUGCCCCUACUGUGACCACAGGGCCUCCCAGAAGGGCAACCUCAAAGUUCACAUCCGCAGCCACAAACUGGGCACGCUCUCGAGCCACCACUCCAACAACGAGGACGAGGAGGGCGUCGCCGAGGAGGAGGAGAUGAGCGUUUCAGAGGGCCUCGACGGAGGCACGAGUCCAACCAAGAGCAGCUCAGCCUGCAACCGGAUGAUCAAUGGGGAUAGCGGCGAGGAGGGUAGGAGGAAAGGGCCUGGGAGGACCCUGAAAAGAGAGAAGCUUGCUACCGGCCAGAGGCCUUACUGUUGCCGUCUGUGCGGCUACGAGGCCAAUCGAGAAGACCAGCUCCUCAGCCAUAUUGAAAAGGUCCACAUAACAGCAGACGCAGAGGAGGAGGCCGCUGCUAAGGAAGAGGUCAUGCCCGAACCGGAUGUCGCCCCACCCCAGAGCGACGGGACCUUCCCCUGUGAGACCUGCGGCCAGGUCUUUAGCCAGGCCUGGUUUCUUAAGUCACACAUGAAGAAACACGCAGGGAUCCUGGACCACUGCUGUCGUAUUUGCGGCAGGCGGUUCCGCGAAGCUUGGUUCCUCAAAUCGCACAUGAAAACCCACAACACCAAAUCCAGGUCACGGUCAAAAGCGGAUCCCGCGGAGCUUCCGGCCACCAUCAACGAUGUUGCCCAGGACCCUGAAAUUGCCACUGGCUCUAUUGCAUCCACCUAUCAAAUGUGUUCCAAAUGUGGGAACCUGUUCCAUAACAGAGAGAGUCUGAGGGCCCAUGAGAAAAUCCACAGUCUCAGCUAUGGCAAGAAAUCCCAGAGCCAAUGCAGUGAUGACGAGGACUCCCCAGCUGCUAAGAGACGUCUCAUUGACUUCUUAAACCUCAAGCCUGUUGAGGAAAAGACCUUGAAUGAAGAAGAGGAGAGCGAGAAGAAGAUGCUCGGUCAAAGAAUCCCAGAGCUAGAUCCAGUUUGCAGCUACCAGGCCUGGCAAUUAGCUACGAAAGGAAGGGUUGUUGAGCCAGUGGAGCCGAGUUACAAAGCCUCCUAUGGGGGAGGAAGUAUGGGGGAGGAGGCCCUCGCCGGAGCUGCGGUGGUUUUUGAAAAGGAGAGCAGCCGCUAUGUCCUGCAAGGUCAAGUGAAACGCGGCUCGGGCCGACGCAGCAGCUCCGGUUUGGGAAGCCACGCUUCUUCAGGGGACCGGUCACCGGAGAGCCUCAGCGACUCCGAGUACCGGCCUUCGCCUCGCCAGGACCGCCGGCGGCCGUCUUCCUCCAAGUCCAACGAGUGCUUCGAGUGCGGGAAGGUGUUCCGCAGUCGGCACCAGAUGAUCGUCCACCAGCGGGUCCACAGGAAGGACGGAGGUAGGGCUUCGGCAGGAGACAAGGAAAGAACUACAAGAGACGACCGAUGGGGCUUUACCAGUGAUCCAGAUUCAGGCUCCCCGAGCCGGCCGAGCACCCCGGGGUACGGAGACUCUCCACCGGCCUCCACCCUUGGAAACCAGGCCUCAGAGAUGGGUACCGCAAACUCUGGAGAGAUUGCAGAUGAGAAGCCUUACAUCUGCAGCCUUUGUGACUUUGUCACCUCAGAGUUGCAGUCCUACUUGACUCAUGUUCGUGUGCAACACCCGGCUGCUCCCAGAGACAGACCCAGCCCCAUUCCCAGCCCCAGCUCCAGCUCGGACAGAGGCACCCCGAGUGGUUAUCCCAAGCUGAAGAGAGCUCUUCUACAGGGGUUGAGCAACUCGGCGUCCCCCCCUGCUUACCUCUCGGCUCGAUCCUCCCCGCUCAAUCCCGGCCUGACCCCCGUGGAUCUAUGUGUGAGGGCUGAGGGCUGCAGGGGCGUAGCCUCCCUAACCCAGGACAGGAAGAGCCUCCCAAGCCACAAGUGCUCCUUCUGCUCCCACUCCACCCGCUACCCAGAGGUGCUCUGGAUGCACCAGACUGUGGCUCACCGCAUCAACAGCAGCAGCUCCAAUCUGGCCCCUAAAUGGGCCCUGAAAAACGGCUCAAAGGGCUCCAGAGACAACUUGUUAUCCCCCAGGAGACGCACUGGUCCCCCGCCGGUCCUGGAGGGGAAGGAAUGCCCCCCGCUGCCUCCACUGAUGCGUGCCCAGCGUACCCAGCCCCCAACCUACUCCAGUGAGGUUCUGAAGAAGAGCAGGCCAGCCAGUCAGCCAGCCAUGCCAUCAUCCUCAUCCUCCUCCUCCUCCUCCUCCUCCUCCUCCUCCUCCUCUACCCCUUCCUCCUCGCUCUCCAAGGGCUCCUCAUCCACCCAAGCUGGGAGAGUCCCAGUCCGGCCAGGCAGCAGCAGCAGCAGCAGCAGCAGCACCGUCAGACACAUGGAGGACCAGAGUCAUCAGUCUCGCUUCAGACCCAAAGUGGAUAUGUACCCUCGGGGAGGCUCAUCCUCUUCCUCCAGCUCCAUGGAGAAGAGCACUGGUGCCCUCUCCCGUUCGUCGGCCCCGAGCCCCAGCUCUGCUACCGCGUCCCGGAUUGCUGACCGCUACUUGAUGCCCCAAGAGGGCCUCGGCUUCAUGCUGUCCAGCAAACAUGGCCUCGCCGAGUACAGCCGAGCGAGGGGUUCCCCUCAUCAGCCGCUUCCCAACUCCCACGGCCAAGGCCGGGCUAACGCGACGAGGCCCAGCACCAUCGCCCACAGCUCCAGAGCCUCCCAGGUACAUGGAGUUACCCUGCUGAAUUCUUCUUCUACUUCCUCCUCCUCCUCCUCCUCCUCCUCUACGCCUUUGCCUUCAGAGGCUCGUGGAGAAGUGAAGCAGGAGCCAAUCGCAGAGACAACAGAGAUGCCAACGGACAUCCUCGGCUUCCUCAAAAACUACAACCCCCAUGAGCUGGCUGCCCUGUACCACCGCUGGGGUGCAGCCAAUGCACUGAUGGAUCCCACUGGGAUGCUGAAGUCUCUGAUGCGGCAUGGGCAGUAUUUCUGCCAUGAGUGCGGGAAGAGUUUCAGUCAGCCCAGCCACCUGCGCACGCACAUGAGAUCCCACACAGUUGGGUUUGAUUUUAACGGACUCCACAGAGGUACUGACGCUCACACCACCGCUUCUGAGGCUCCCAAACAAGGGAAAGGCCAUUCUGCUGCCAGCUCUGCCCAUACCGAGCAUCUCAGAAAGGGAACCUAAAGACGCACGUCCAGAGUGUCCACCAUAUGCCUUUUGACAACAGCCGGUACCCAGACACAAGGAGCUGGCUACUGAGCCAACAGGAGGAAGAACCGCUGGCUGCCAAACACCCACCAAUGC